AUGGCCGACUUCGGGGACGAACCCGACCAACGACACUUCCACCUUCUCAGUUUGAAUCGCUCCAGACCCCCCAAGGCUACACAGCGUGGAGAUAGAUCUAUGCCUGAUAAACCACGAACUUGGGAUUUCCAGGCACCCACGCCGACUUCCCAACCACUUGACUUCGAAGAAAUUCACACAGGUUCGCCCCUAGCUUGCGACGCUCUGGGCGGAAUCGCCCAUUAUAAUAAUUUCCAAAGCGAGUAUGCAACAGCUGAGGUAGACUACCUACAUGAUAGCGCCAACUUCCAGUUCGUCCCGUCGACUAUCAAUAAUGAGGGACUUCCAGCCAUAUCGGACUGGCUAACAGACUCAUGGGUCCCUGACGAUUUACAGAGUCCCCUGGGGCUGUUGGAUUAUGGCUUUCCAGAGCAUUAUGCAGCUCCAGUGGCUUCAAUCGACAGUCAAGAGGGCCAAUUUGACCUGACGAGAUUGCCUCAUCCGGGUACCUCGCCUUCUUCCCUCUGCCCUGCCCAGACGGAAGCAUAUAUGCCAUUCCUGGAUACUGGGGAGCCAUCUUUCCAUGAGCCAAUGGUUCAAUCGAAGACACAAGCCAUUCCAGUACAAAAUCUGAAUCGUCCUUCGAGUCUACCUAGGAGAAGAAGCCAGUACUCGCUGCGCAGACUAGGAGAAACAAUGAGUGGGAGAUAUACACCAAACAGCACAAGCUCCCUUGAUCCGAUGCAAAGAUGGCAAGAAUCGCCCCCGGAGGAUGAGCCGGCAUCUCUGUCAGCAAUCAUGCAAGCUGUCAGUAAGUCAGAACGUGUCGGGGAGAGAUUAUCUGUCGACGAAGAUGUUCCAAACAGACGUAACGCUUCUUUCCGACACCAUCGCCGACCAGCUUCGCUUGCUAGCUCUAAAAGUGGAACUAGCGCAUCAUCAUGGCAAUCCUCAACCUCAACACGAUCUGCAGUGUCAACGCCCAGGUCGCAAUCUGGGAACACGCGAGUUGGCAAGAGCAAAAGAAAACCCAAGAAACCAGCUGGUCUGGAAAACGACCGAAUAUUCUGUUGCACCUUCUGCUGUGAUACGUUCAAGAAUAAGUUUGAUUGGUCGCGCCAUGAAAAGUCACUACAUCUUAACCUGGGAGGCUGGGCGUGCACACCACAUGGAGGCUCAACAGUAUCAACUGUGACGGGCAGGAUGCAUUGUGUCUAUUGUAACUCCCCGGAACCAACCCCCGAGCAUCUUGAUGGGCACAAUCACUUCCAAUGCUCUGACUCGACUCGCAUCUUCCGCCGCAAAGACCACCUAGUUCAACACCUCAGGCUUGUACAUAGCCUGGAAACCUUGCCUGUGAUUGACGACUGGAAAAUCCAGGGUCCGGCCAUCACCUCACGCUGCGGGUUUUGUGACCAGCGACUCGAAAACUGGGAUGAGAGAGCGGACCAUUUGACGAACCAUUUUCGCCAAGGAAUGACCAUGAGUGACUGGAAAGGGGAUCAUGAAUUUCCCCCGGCCAUUGCGUCGCAGGUCAUGAACUCUCUACCGCCAUAUCUUCUCAGCUGGGAGUCGAAGACAAUGGUCCCAUUCUCGGCAUCAAGUAGAAGUGCACAGGAUCACUUGGCGCAAAUAUCCGCCCGGGCGGACCUGGUGGCUGCGAAUGCAAGCGCUCAGGCUCAGAAUGAACAAUCAACCGCACCGCAACAUUCCUUGCAAUUACCACCAGUGGGCGAGACGAUGGUACCAUUGAACACUUUCACGGGUAUCCUGACGCAGCACCUCAGCCGCUAUGCUCGUCAGCAAAUGAGUAUGGGGAUUAUUCCUACCGAUGAGAUGUUCCAACAGGAGUCGAGGAAAUUGCUGUAUGAUUCGGAGGACUCUUGGAACCAAUCUAUCGCAGAUAACCCGGCCUGGAUAUUGUCAUUCAGGCAGCAGCUUCAAGUGCAGCCUGACAAUGGUGCUCCAACAGAGGCUGGCCAAUUGGAAGCUACGAUGGCUGAGUUUAGCUUCAAGCAAUAA